GUUCGAAGAGGAAAGGUGAGUUUCGGGCAGCAGCGUCUUGAACACUGAAGAAAACGUAAAUGCAGAGAUUAAAGACAGUGGCCGAUGAAAAGUGAAAGAGGAGGCAGGUGUACACAAUGAGCGGCAACUUGAACCGGAGACGCAGGCCAAGUCCGAAUACUAGCGAGGAUGAGGAACACGACUAUGACUAUGACUACAACGAGCACCAUGCUCAUUCUGCCCGUUCCCACGAUUCCGGCCGGCGCGGAAACUCGGCCCGGUAUGCUGAUUCCGACCGGCGAGGUAACAAAGCCCGGUAUGCUGAUUCUAACCGGCACGGAAACUCAGCCGACUUUUCAGAUUCUGACGAAUAUGACGGUUCCGGCCGCCAUGCUUAUUCUGCCCGUUCCCAAGAUGCUGACCGGUAUAGAGAUUCUGACCGGCGCGGACACUCAGGCCGGUAUGCAGAUCCCGAUAACUAUCGUCGAAAGGAUUCGCAAUAUGAGGUCACGAGUGAAUCAGAGAGUAGCGACGAGCACGGACAAGGAGCGCAACCACAUCACAGGCGAUAUGGUCAGUCUGCGCAUUCUCUUGCUUCUCGGCGCUCUCCCUCAGAGUCGGAGGAAGAAAGUGAGGAAGAUGGGAAUCAGUGGUUGGUUAAUUUGCUUGUACGAGAACCAAAAUACAAAGCAAAAAUUUUAAGUGUUAUUAAAAGAGGUAUACCACUGAGGGAAUUAGAAAAUAUGAUUCAGGAAAAUGCACACAUCUUCCAGGAAGCAGAUGAAUGUGUGUUUCUGAGACCUCAGAUCAAGAUUUGUAGCUGGCAUGUGUCAGCUCGAGGAUGCAGUGCAAGGUCAAGUUAUAAAUGCAGUGACUUGCAUAUAUGUUCACAGUUCAUUUCUGGUUCUUGCAGAAUCAACAAUUGUUCCAAGGGGCACGAUUUGGCCACUGCUCACAAUGUUCAGGUUUUAGAGCCGUAUUAUUUGAGAUAUAUUGACGUUGCAUCUCUUAAAAAAAUCUUGCAAAUCUCGCUUGCUGACAUAGAGAGCGAAGAAGACAAUGAACCUCUCAUCUUAUGUGAAAAUUACAACCGAGGGAAAUGUUCUGACAAGAAAUGCAAAUAUCUUCACUUCUGCAAAUAUCACUUGGAAAGCAAGCUUAAGUGUCGGGGCCGCAAUUGCACCCUAAACCAUUCUUUUGUGGACGCAGGCUGCAAUGACCUUCUCGAAAAAAAAGGUAUUGACACUAAUGAAUCUCCAAAGGACCUUAUGAAUGAAAUAUUUAGACUUUUCCCGGACUUGGAAAAGGCAAACAGGCAACCCUCAGGGAAAAGCAAUCCCUCGCAUCGGCAUCAUUCCCCUCCCCCUCCCCUCCCCCCCUCGACAUCGCAGAGCAACUCCUCGAGCACCAACGACCGGGAGUCACUUGACUAUUGAAGCUUCCGAGUUAGAAGGAAAUCUUCAGAUACUUGAGAUUUGUUCGAGAUCACUGAAAAAUAAUUGUAAUGCUCACAGCUGCCAGCGACUCCAUUCCGACUUACCCUUUCACUGGCAGGUAAGUGCUGAUGGCAAUAAUUGGUUCAACCUCCAUAAAUACCAAGUCGUCUAUUUGGAAAGAGAUUUUUCUGAUCCAAGCAAAACCAGAUCAGUCAUUCUUGAAACAAAGGGUUGGAGUGUACAUAAGAAACUUCAAAGAAUCCUGGGCACAAGGAAAUGCGAGGUAGACUUUGAAGACAUGCUAGUUACUAGUCCUGAUUCUCGGACACCAUUACAACUACGACAUAUCAGCCUAGAACGAGAUAGCAAUGCAGAUAAACUGUUCUUGUGGUAUUUCUUGGAUGGGAAUAAUGAGUGGGUGAAGUAUGGAGAAGUAGACACAACUAAAAGAGCAUUCCUCAAAAGCAGCAUAACCUCAGAAGACAUAGAGCAGCAUUACCUUCGCAACCCUCGGCAGCCGAUGAUCUUUAAGAAUGAUUUGUUUACUUAUGAGCUCGACUUCAUUCAAAUGACACAGACGAACCGGUCAACAAACGUCGUUCGGGAGGUAAGACGCCGCCCAACACCGCCUCAGUUGUCACUACUUAAAACUUUCUUGUUACAAUAUCGAUGAAAAGUUUACGAAAGAGAACCCUAUUUUCUUCUGAGGCUUUGUGUCCAAACCUGUUUAGGGAGUAAUCAGGUGCAAAAGUGAGCAUGACCCUGGAAGAACCCUGUAACUUCCUAAUUUAAUUAUGUUAUCAUUAAUUGACACAGAUAUCAACUAGAAAUAUUUACAUGUAUGUUGAUUUUUUGAGCCACAGAUAUACCCUGGGGCAUAUAUUUUUUUUUUCAUUAGUUGUAAUGAGUACUUAACGUCAGUGUUAUUUGAUUUAAUCAUUAAUAGUGACUAAUUCUUGUUCAUGACAUGACAUGACCAGCUUGCAGUAUUCUCAGCAGCAUAUCAUCUUGAUUAGUAUUAUAGUAGUCUGUAGCUUCUUGACUUUCUGCAUCUUAUCUUCCCAGUACCCAUGUUGAGCAAUUUAUGUGAAUAAACCCCAACACAUAUUUCUUUCAUUUUACUCUUCUUUCUUUCUUAUAUGAGUAAACUGAGGAAACUUUCUAUCUAGCAUUUCCUUUGCGCCUUUCUACUGAGUAAAAUUAAUGUACAUUUCACUCGCCCCCAGUGUGGACAAGUCCAUAGACUAGUGUUCUAAGACCUCUCACUACUACUGUGGACGUGGCUUAUAGUAGUUGCCCCACUUCGUCCCAGCAGUGAGAACUGUUUUACUUGUAUUGGAAUUCAGAAAUCUAUUUGUCUUAACUUGAGUAGUUAAACAUUUCUUUCUCUUGAACCUGAGUAAUACUUAAGUACUCCCAUCAAGUAUUCAAUUGCUCUUAGAAAAUGUGAAAAACUUGUAUAACAUUGUUUCAAACUUGAUUGUCUGUGCAUUUAUCACCUUUAGAGGUGAUUUGCCUGAACAUUUUUGUUCUAAACUUGUUUAUAUGAACAUUUCUCUAUCUCAUAUGUAAAAAGAAAGUAUAGGCAUUUAGCAUUUAUAUGGUAUGUUACGUUAAUCACGUCAUGAUUAUUCCAAAUUAUUGUUAGAUGAUUAUCCGUUGUUGAUUAAGUAUGUAAUUUUACAUAAUGGGUUAUUGCAUGUAGGUUGUAAUGAAAUAAAAUUGUCUUGCUUGUA